AUGCAAGAUAUUCCAUGGGGUCACGGUGGAAUCUUCAGUAAUGACUCUUUCACUCACAUUGAGGUUGAAGUAAAGAACCAGCUAUGCCUUAAGCUGCCGACUUCUGCAAUCUGUUAUUUAUCGCUCUAUUCAAAGCGGCCUAUACUUAUCUAUAGCAAUAAGGCAGGUCAGAUUUUUGUGAUUGAUCUGGUGAUACGAAGAGUUUCUGUUGGCCUAGGAGCUCCGCAGAGUAUUCAUAAUAUUGAAACGUUGUCAACUGAUAAUAGCGUUCACUUGUUGGUUACGGGUUUUACUGGUGCUCAAUGGAUACUGCCACUAGAAGAGGGAGGCCUCUCAUUACGUGAAACACUGAGCCGAGUUGUGCCUUCAGAGCUUAAGCAGGUCUGCAGAGUGCCUAUUAAAUUAAGCAUAACAGAAAACAAUAAAUUAUGUUCUUUGGAAACGGACCAGUGUCGAUUAAAGUUGUAUGAUGAUGUAUCUCUCAACGAGCCUGUGGUGGAUGUCAACGUUCCAAAAGAUUGUUGGAUGGUUUAUUGGACCGAUAACGCUGUUUUUGCGCUGUGUGACCAAACAAAACUUUUUGUUUCUGUUCACUGUGGGCAAACGUCUUCUUUCACGGAUUUGGUUUAUGACGAAUUUGAUGAACCGCUGCCUGCAAAAAGUAUUUUGGGCAUUAUACCCGCCGCAAAAACAUGUUUCUUCCCCUCUUGUAUUCUUAUAGCUGAUAAAGGCGCUCUUUUUAUUCAUCCUCAAGGGUUCAUAUUUACAGAUAAAUUCUAUUUGAAUCAGAGCGAAAAAUUGUUUAUUCUCCCUUUGUAUUUUUUUCUACCUAAUAAAAGUUCCGAAUUUAGACCGCUAGACGACCGACUGGUCAGAGUCGCUUCGCAACAUCAUUACUCGCUAGAUUUUUGCACUAAACUGGCAGCGAAGCUAAACCGUCCACAGCUAGAAUUCUGUACGAAAAUUAUACGCCACUCUCUCAGUUUGUUCCUUGCUAAUGACGGAAUGGCAAGUUUUUUGGAGGAAAUCACGCGUCUGGCUACAGAACUGCCGAAUUGUGGAGUUGUUUUAGGUUUGUAUAAUAAGCUUGUUGAGGGGGAAGGGUCUUUCAAAGACGCGGUUUGCGGUCAUAUGGGAAUGAAGUUGGAUGAAGUCAAACUGCGAUUGAUCUUAAGCAGUGUGGAAGGGCUUGAAAUUGGUGUAGCUGUUCGUAUGUUUUCUGAAUUUGGUUACGCCGACUUGUUAUUGCCUGCUGUAUUAGGCAGAUGCGAUGAAAAUGCACAGGAUCCAUGCAGACACUCGGUAAUUAAACUUUUCAUAGCGAAAUUCAAGAGGUCCCCGUGUGAAAAGAAGACUAUUGAGGCUGAUCUCAGGAAUUUUUUGCUCAGAAGUGAAGACGUAAGUGAAGGUUUGGAAGAACUACUGACAUGUGGUUUUUGGUCGUGCGUCUCGCUUAUUGUUAAGCGAGAUGAACGUAAUUCGGACAGUAUUGGAAAGUUUCUAGCAGAGAUGAAAGCUGAUUGGCCUACGUCUUGUGUAUCCGAAAUUGUUAGAACAUUAUCUUCUUUAUCAUGGUCACGAAUUGCUCCUCACGCGGAGAAAUUGCUUCAUCGGAUGUCUUCUUUUCUGCCUAACGUGCAUUCAGCUACUCAUAUAUCUUCUUUCUUCAAAAUAGCUGAACAGCAGCUUGAAAAUUAUCCUCACGAGGCUGCAAAACUUUACUCCCUCUCUGCUAUCAGCUUUGGAGUAGUGUUUCAGAGGGAAGUUCUUCUUUCAAGCACACCUCUUUCCUGUGGUUCAAACUGCUUAUCUCUAGUUUCUGAAGAGGAAUCGCCUGUUUUUUGGGGUGAAUUUACUCCUGGAGCGCGGAAAGCGAAAGACGAUGCAAAGGCAAAGGAGCCAGAUGUUUACUGUUCACCAAGACCAAGAACUAUUUCACUACCUCACCGGGUUUGUGGUGUAUCAUGCGGUACGGAACAUCUCUUGAUCUUAACUUUUCACGGCAGAGUUUACUCUUUUGGGAAAAACCGGUUAGCAAUUAGCUUUAUUGAUAGAUACGGUCAGUGUGGCGUCGGUCACAAAAAAGAGGUUACGGAAGCUACCCUGGUACCAGUGAUUUUUGAGGGAGUUCGUAGUUUAAAGGCAGGUCACUAUCAUUCUGCACUUGUGAAUAUUCACGGACAGGUAUUUACUUGGGGUUGGGGUGUCUAUGGCCAGUUAGGUCAUGGCGGCCUGAAUCGCACAGACGAUAUUCUCCUCCCAAAACUCGUGAAAACAAUCAAGGACCCAGUCGUAGCCGUUGCUUGCGGUUAUGCACACACCAUCUUUCUGACGGAAACAGGUGUCGUUUUAGCGUGUGGUAACGGCAGCUAUGGACAGUUGGGGAGCGGACAAGCAGAAAAAAAGCAUUUCAUUCCUAUAAUUGUUCCGCUUCCAGCACCAGUGAAAAUUAUUUCCUCGAAAUAUUUCCAUUCAUUAGCUCUUACAUCAUCCCAAGAAUUAUACCAAUGGGGAAUAAGUCCUCAGUCGCUCAAAAUGAGGGUAUUUCUCCGAAAGCGACUCCGAUCAAGUAAACCAAAUAACACUUCUCCAUCAAAUUCGUCACUUUCGGAAAAGUCUCUGGAACUAAGCCAGUCGCAUCUUUCUGUUUGUCAAAUAGAGCAUUCCAUCACUGAUGAAAUUGUCCAUCUGGAUGCUGGUUCAUGUCAUUCAGCUUUAGUUACAAAAAGUGGUUUGUUGUAUACAUGGGGUAAAGGAUUGGAGAUGCAACUAGGUCAUGGAAAUAAAAAGGAGCAGGAAGAACCUCAUAGACUUUUUGAUCCAGAAGUUCUGUGGAAGGAUGUAUCUUGUGGUUUGGAUUUUACUGCUGCAUUGACUUCGGAUGGUAGCGUUUAUGUUUGGGGACGGAAUGAUAAAGAUCAUUUGGGAGUUACGUCGGAUCCAGUGCCGGUAGAAAUAAGGAAGAUAGUGCUGAAAACAAUGAAGGGUCCCAAAACAGUUCAACUUUCUGGAGGACCUUGUGUUGCUACUCCUCGAAAGUUGUCAACGGUUGUCUCAUCGUUUGCUUCUGAGGUUGUUUUUUCUGAAGUCAGCAUCAAAGAACUUAUUGAGAAACUGCGGUCACUCGAUCUUGACGUUUUGCAAGCUAUUUCUGCAUCUUUAUUACUAGACCCAAUAAACUCAUUUGUAUCAGUUUUUGUUCAUCUUCUUGCCGGGGAUGCGAAAAGUGCUGUAAAAUUAUUCUUGGGGAUGAAAGAGAUGGAACAUAAAAAUGCUGGGUUAUCAGAAAGCACAUCUUUGGAACCCACUGACACUGGACUCUCGGAAACCACUUCAAGUGUUUCUGGCGCCGAUGGUUGUGCGGAAGAUCCACUAAGCAAUAUGAUGUGGAACUUUAUUUCGAAGCACUCAAACUACACGGCACAGUGGGAGCUAUUAAACAUGUUUUUGGCUCAUUUUCCUGUAGCAGGCAGACUCUUAAGAGAUCCUAAACUUAGUCUGCAAGCUCCUUCUGUAAUGGCUGCUGAUGCUAGUAUGUUCGAUGGUCUUGAUGCUAUGGAGAAGUUAAGGUUGAUCGAGAACUGGCGUCCAACGAAACCUGAGGAUUUCGUAGAUGUUAAGCAAACUGACCUGCAGAAAUUGAAUAGUAAAGUCCGUGUUUGGAAUUGUUGCGGCACUAUCGACAGGACUACAACACGACUUAAUUCUAUUCCGGAGAAGCGAAGAAUCUGUCCCAACUGCUCUGAAGCUUGGAGAUGCGAAGUAAAGCUCAAACUAUCUAAAAAAUAA